CAUGAUAAAUAUAGAUUGCUUACAACGUCAUUUCUUUUGUUGUAUUAUUACAAAACUUGGAUGAAAACUAUAUUUUUGCUGUGGAUCACUGAAUAGUUAUAACUUUAAUCUUCGGAAAAUAUUUUGGAACAAAAACGUUCGGUUAGAGACUGUUUCACUGACAGAUGGCAGAAGGUUCAAAUGAAAAAGGAGAAGAUGGGGGCUGGUGGGGCAGCUGGAUCAAUGUUGCUAAAGAAAAGUCAAAAGCUGCACUUGAAAUGGUGCAAAAGGAUUUGGCGGAGUACACAUGUACAAUGUCAACAGAUACAAGUAAAGCUGUGGCUAAAACAAGUGAUAAACUAAAGGAGACAUUAAAGGCCGAGAACACGUCAAUGGCAAAAGACAGAUUUAAGACUGGUGUAACGUCUUUUCUGGAGGGCUUGUCUAAGGCUCUGGUCAUAGAGGCAGAGGACAAAGAGGAGCCGGUCGCAACACCAAUCAGAUCAGAGGCAGUGUAUGACAGAGCCAAGGCAAGGCUCCAUGCAAUACAAGUUGAUCCGGAAACAUACUGCAGUGAACCAUCAGGCUCGAAAGAAAGAUAUCAGGAAUGGCAAAAGUCAUUUGAUAUAGACAAAUACAAAGGGGAAGUUUCAGAACUGCUUGUUUCCAAAGUUGAGCUUCGUGCCUUUUACACCAAACUGGUUCCUGCUGAAAUAUCACAUGCAGACUUUUGGAAAAGAUAUUUUUAUAAGGUCCAUCAACUUCAACAAGAUGAAGCAAGAAAAUUGGCAUUAAUGAAGCGAGCAGAGCAAGCUCAGAAGAAGGAGGACUCCAUUAGCUGGGAAGAUGAUUGGAGUGGGGAUGAGGAAUCUACCCUAGAGAAAGUUAGUCGCAAGCAGGAACUUAGUGUGAGACUUUCACCAGCAGAAAAAACAGAGACAACAGAAAAUAUACCGGUAUCUGGGAACAGAAGCACACAUGAAAAUCAGGUCAGUCACCCCCAUCAGGAAACUGACAAAGAAACUCCUCAUGAAAUAAAACAGAAAACAGUUGAUUUACCACAGGUAGAAGAGGACUCUUCAGUGGCUGAACCUCCAGCUGAGGAAAAUCUAAAACAAUCUGUUGAAGAAGAACACAUAAAUGAAAGGGAAACUGUGCCAGAGAGUGAGAAUCAAGACAGUGAAAUCACAAGUCCAUCCCCGAGUGAUGUGACUAAUGUACAGGAAAUGGCUUCCAUAGUAAAAGACAGUACAUCUGAUCAGUCUGAACCUGACAUGCCUGAGAAAGAGGUUAAGACAAAGGAUAAAGGGGACAUUGUGUUGGUCAACCCAGACAGAGUCACCCCAUCGUCUGAUUCCAACAAAGAGAACAGUACUGAUGAUGACUGGGAGAGAGACUUUGAUGUGGAGUUAACAGAGGAGGAACUGAAAGCUGCCGAUGAAAUUGCCAAAAAGCUCAAUCUGUCUGCAGCUGACUAUACCACAAUUGCUGGGGAAAUGGAUGAGGACUGGGAAAGCUGGGAGUAAAUAAUUAUCAGACUUAUUAAUAAAAAUAAUGUUGUGUCAUAAUACCUGCAGUUCAUACAUAUGUGUACAUGUACUAUGUAUAGUAUUUUUAUUUGAAUUACCGGUAUCACAUUUAUGUACAUGUUGUUUUUUUUUUGGGGGGGGGGGGUGGGUCUUAUGCUUGGUAAUAUUGAAUAUGGUUUUUUUUAAAUGAUAAAAAGUUUGAAGACCUUUUAAUAAGAACUGAUAGGUGAUUUUUCUGCACACAAAACAGUUGAAAUCAAUUUGGCAACGUACAUGUAUAUAUGCAUCCGCAGUGUUAAGUAUUAUUUACUGUAAUUUGCAAGGUUCAUGCAUCUUUUUUUUUCAUCAGAGCCAUAACCAUAUACCAUUAUUGUCAUGCUAUAGUUUUCUUUUUCUUAAUAAAGGAUUAAAACUAUGACAUUUACAAAUGGGAACAACAUUUAUGUGUUAUAGUGUUACUAGUAAAAUGGUGAGAUGUGAGUAUAUACUGGUAACUGAUAGAUUUAUCAAACUCCAUUAUUAUCUGCUUAUUACCUGCUAGAGUUCAAGGGUGCUCCUUUAUAAAUAGUAAAUUUUUGUGAAAAGAUAUGAAUACAGUUUUAGAACUUCCUUUGUGUAUUGAAUUUUUUUUUACCUGAAAAGAGUCAAAGAAAUGUAACUUUGCAUAUUUCAUAUAAUAAAUGUCAGUGUUCUCCUUUAAAAAUAUGGGGGAUUUUUCUGGUUUCAGAAAAAAAAAUUGAUAUCGGUACCUAUUACAGAAUACCCAGUAUACAUGUAUAAAAACCAUUUCCAGAAGCAUGCAUGUAUUCUGAUGUUUGGUUAAUAUAUACAUGUAUUAUGAAAAGAAUAUUAAAAUACUAUACCCAUGUA